AAAGCCCCUUCCUCUAUACAAAUCCUGUCACACACAGUUAGAGGAGCUCCAAUGUGUGAACAGCAGUUGGUCUGUAGAGGGCUGGGACACAUGCACUAUUCACUGAUGUUUUUACCCAGUCAAGUAUUUGAAAGUAAAUAUUACUGAUUCUGACUGCAUGAUUAUUGAUGUGUAACCAGUGAAGACUGGCUGAAUAUGAGGGAUUGGAUGCCCCGCCCAGCUUCCAUCUCUCUCUCUCUCUCUCUCCUGUCACCUCUCCUGAUCCCCAGUGUGUGCAGGACCAUGGACAGCAGCCGCUGGCCAGAGUGGAUCAGCCCAGUCAAGGCCCUGGAGCUACAGAAAUUAUCCAACACCUGGGAGCAGCCUGUCUUCCAGGAGCGGCUCCAGCUGCAGCACAUAGAGGCUCCCCACCGCCAGAUAAAAGGGGACUUCCUAAGGCUACACAUGUCUGACGGAUCAACAGCGUGCACAAUAGGCAGGUUUUUGUGCAGCCAAUUAAUCAGACUGAAUCACUGUGGUGGACUUCCGGUGGCGGGACCAAACUGGAAGUCGGCAUCUGUAUCACUGUGGUACACUUUCGGUGGCGGCACAAAACUGUCAGUUGGACGUGACACAGUCCCCGCCCUCACAGUCCUGCCCCCCUCCAGUGUGGAGGUGAAGCAGGGGAAGGCCACACUGGUGUGUCUGGCUAACAAGGGCUUCCCGUCAGACUGGACUCUGCGCUGGAAAGUGGACGGUACCAGUAAGAGCUCGGGCGUGGCCGGGAGCGCCGGGGUCCUGGGGAAGGACGGCCUGUACAGCUGGAGCAGCUCCCUGACUCUCAGUGCGGACGACUGGAUGAAGGCGGGGUCACUGACCUGUGAGGCCACAAAGGGCUCCCAGGCUGCCCCCCCUCAGACACUGAGGAGAGCUGACUGUGCUGAGUAGGGCGGGUGCAGGCCCAGCUCACACACUCUGAUCACACUGUGUUUACCCUGCUCUGCUCUCAGCCUCUCUGCUCCUUACUGCUGCACACUGAGCUGGGCCUGUGUGUGAAUCCUUCCUCCAGCCUGAGCUGUCACUGCUAAUGUCUCACAUGUGCUCUGCUUGU